GCCCAAAUGCAAGAGCAAAGGACAUGCGAGCAAUUUCAGCCUUCUUAGCUCAAGACUCUGAUGCAGAUAUAUCUAUGAUACUAACAUUAGAUAACUGGUCCAGAAAUUCUGAAAAUACUCUACAGACUACAUGUGAUAUUCUAUAUCAUAGCAAGUGA